AUGGACGAUCUGGCUGGCCUUGACUGGUCUCAGCCUGCGAAGAGACCCGCCCACAACACCCCAACUACCCUUCCACCCUUUCGCCAGAGCCCCACCCCUCAGCUGUCCGGGCGCUCUACACCUCAGUCCACACUGUCCGUCCCACUUGCGAGCUCGCGCGUCAGCCCUGCCAAUGCAAACUCCCAGCCAUUCAAAGUCCCCUCCUCCAAGCCCCCAACACCCGCCAACGAUAGCUUCGCUGCACUCGUGGCCAGCAACAAGCCGAAGGCACCCGGGAGCGGGCUGUCACUACAGGAACGCCAGAAGCAGCUUCAGGAGGAAAAGCAGCGAGAAGAGGCCGAGCGGAGGAGACAGUAUGACACGACGUUUGGAGGGGCGGACUCGCAGCAUUGGGACACCUUGGGAAGCGGCAAGAGCACACCACAGCCCUCGGCCUUUGGCGUGCCCCCACCCAGCAACAAUCCUUUUGCGCAAAAUGGGCUGUCCAAGACGAUUAACAAGCCAUUUGCGGGCUUAGAUACCACAUCAACGCGUCGCGCGCAAUCGCCCAGUGAGGAUGACCUGCUGGCCGCCUUCAACUCGGCCGUUCCUGUGGACAAUUCGAGCCACUUUCCGAUUCCAACACAGAACAGCGGUAGAAGCACGCCAGCUUACAGCCAGAAUGUGUCCCGACGCCAGACACCCUUACCACAGCCUUCUAGUAGCCACAAUGCAGCCAUGGACGACGACGAUGAUGACAUGUUUGGCCUGAAGCAAAUGGCACAAAAGUCGGCUUCUCCUGCACCCCCCAUUUCAGCAAACGACAGCGAUGAUGAUAUCCUCGGCUUGCUUUCGAAGCCCGUAUCCGAAUUUCAAACAAAGGAGGAGCCUGCGCCCACGCGAGAGCAAGAGGCACCCGAAGACCGUACACCUUCGCCAGGUCCACAAAACGCACAUGACAAAGCUGUCGCUGAGAUGGUGGACAUGGGCUUUCCAGCCGAGAAGUCAGCCAUUGCGCUUGCAACAACAGAGUCUGGGCUAGACGUGCAAGCAGCGGUCGGCUGGCUCUUGAACCAAGCACAUGCAGAAGCCAAGAACAAAAGCAAGGACCGUAGCCAGGACCGAUCGAGAAUGGAGGAGACGCAGGAUCGUCCGAGGCGCGGAAACAGCAGACCAGGCGCAAGAGAUGACUCUAGGGAAGCACGUGCGAACGGACGACAACCAGCUUGGAUGCGAGAGGACGCACGAAGUACUUCAGGUCAACGUCGACAAGAUGGCCAUUCUCAGGAAAAGGAUGUCACCCAAAUGGCUUCAGAAAUAGGCAGCACGCUUUUCAAAUCAGCGAAUUCGCUGUGGAAGACGGGCCGGAAACAAGUGCAAAAGGCCAUGGCUGAUUUGAAUCAGGAGGGCGAUCCCAAUGUACCCAAGUGGAUGCGUGACGCACAGGCUGCAGAAAACGCUUCCAAGUCGAGCAGAUCAUCAAGGGCGGAGCAGGUCGCCACUGAUGAAGCCAUGAUGUUGGAAGCUGGCGGUCGCCCUGAAAAGUCCGCCCGCACAAGACAAUCUCGACCACACGACGACCUUCCCGUUCGACAGCGACGAGAGCAAGGAGGGGCGAGUAACGGCACCCCAGAUCGCAUGUCAUCUCAAUCGCCAGCCCAGCGGCAUCAACCUCCUCCCAGUCUAGACAAGCGACCAGCAACCCGGUUGACGCGUCAAGAGGUCGAGGAACAAAGCUCGCAGGCCUACAUUAGUCCUGCACGGCGGAAGAAAGCUACACCUCAACCACAGGUAGAUCUGUUUUCGCCAGAGCCAGUAGCUCCUGCACAAUCAUUCCGGCAGUCUACGCCAUCUCAUUCGAACAACCCAUUUCUCCAGACAGUUCCAGCACCCAAAGCUCAGAGUCCGGCCGCGAAGCCAACCCCACCGCGACCUAAAGUGCCCCCUCGUCAAAUACCUCCCGUCUCGCCUUCUGCGCUCAGAGCAUCCGCAUCUGACCGGCAACGAGGCUCUGAGGCGUUUAAACGGGGAGACUUUGCAGCCGCACAUACCGCCUAUUCGGCUGCACUGAGUCCUCUUCCCCAAUCGCAUCCUGUCACCAUCAUUGUGUUAUGUAACCGUGCUGUCACGAACAUCAAGGUGGGCGAUCCCAAAGCAGCUAUUGCCGACGCCGACGCCGCUCUCGCAAUCAUUGGAGUGUCCAAAGGUGAGGGUGAGAAGAUUGUAACAGGCGGUGCUGAAGGCGACAAGGACAUGAAGGAGUUUUACGGCAAGGCGCUUAUGCGGAAAGCAGAGGCCCUGGAGAAUAUGGAAAAAUGGUCAGAAGCGCACCAGGUUUGGAAAGAGGCUGUCCAAAACGGCGUGGGAGGUGCGAUCAGUAUCUCGGGUCGAAACCGGUGCGAGAAGGCUGCAAACGGAGGCAAUGCGGCUGCCCAAGCGAAACGCCCGGCUCCAGUUCGAAAGCCUGCGCCAAAGCCAUCUGCUCUGUCAGAUCUCGGUGGUGGUUCGACAAAGGACUCGGAAGCUGUCAAGCGGAUGAAAGCCGCGAAUGCAGCUGCAGAUCGUGUAGACGACGAAAAGUUUGCGCUCACCGAUCAAGUAGACGCAAAACUGAUUGCCUGGAAGGGCACAAAGUCGGACAACUUGCGAGCACUGUUGGGCUCAUUAGAUCAGGUGCUCUGGGAAGAGGCCGGAUGGAAGAAGGUCAACAUGGGAGACUUGGUCAUGCCGAACAAGGUCAAGAUCAUCUACAUGAAGGCUAUUGCCAAGGUCCAUCCUGACAAGUUAUCUCAGACGGCCACGACAGAGCAGAAGAUGAUUAGUGCAGCCGUGUUUGCUACGCUGAACGAAGCGUGGGACAAGUUCAAGGCAGACAAUAGUUUAUAG